CAUUGUGGUAACCACACACUUGACCUUGUAUUAUCGUACGGUGUCGGAAUUGAAAAUUUAACAGUACUUCCGCGCAAUCCAGUUCUAUCAGACCAUAAUUUAAUAACCUUUGAUUUUUCAAUAACUGAAUAUAUGCCACUAAUAAAAAAUUCAUUUUCUAGAUGUCUACCUGAUAGUGCUGUAGCUAAAUUUAAGGAAAUAAUCCCAAUUACAUUUAAACCCGUAUUAGCAGUAGAUAUAAACAACAAAUUCUUUAAAACCCUGAGCUCCAUUGAGAUCGACCACCUCGUCGAUAGCUCUGCAGACUCAUUACGAUUAACAUUAGAUUCAAUAGCCCCUCUAAAAAAGAAAAAUGUCAAACAUAGUAAAUUAGCUCCGUGGUAUAAUUCCCAGACAAAUGAGUUAAAACAAUUAUCAAGAAAACUAGAAAGGAAGUGGCGCUCCAGCAACAAUGUUGAAAAUCUAAUAGACUGGAAGAAUAGUGUUAAAGAAUAUAAAAAGGCUCUCCACAAAGCAAGAGCCGCCUACUAUUCAAAACUAAUAGAAGAGAAUAAAAACAACCCCAGGUUUCUCUUCAGCACUGUAGCCAGGCUGACAGAGAGUCACACCUCCAUCGAACCCAGUAUUCCUCGAUCCCUAAAUAGCAAUAUCUUUAUGACCUUUUUUAAUGAUAAAAUUCUAACUAUUAGAAAUAAAAUCAACCAUCUCCUGCCCUCAAUUGGCACGAAUACCCUCCCAACAACAGAGAUCUCAGAAACGGCUGAGAAUCCUACACAUUACUUAGACAGCUUCUCUCUGAUCACCCGUGAUCAGUUUACCAAAUUAAUCUCAGGUUCUAAACCAACAACCUGUAUCUUAGAUCCCAUUCCUACCAAAUUACUUAAAGAAAUUCUGCCCCUAAUUGAUAGUUCGUUACUUAACAUUAUCAAUCUGUCAUUAUCAUCAGGUUAUGUACCACAGUCUUUUAAAAUAGCUGUCAUCAAACCCCUACUCAAAAAACCCACCCUAGACCCAGAGGUUUUAGCCAAUUACAGAACAAUAUCUAAUCUCCCCUUCAUCUCUAAAAUCUUAGAAAAAGUUGUUGCCAAUCAGCUGUGUGAGUUUCUCCGGGAAAAUAAUAUAUAUGAAGACUUUCAAUUGGGGUUUAGAGCCAAUCACAGUACAGAGACAGCCUCGGCAAAAGUCACUAAUGACCUUUUAAUAGCCUCAGAUCAGGGACUUGUGUCUGUCCUCGUUCUGUUAGAUCUCAGUGCAGCAUUCGACACAAUUGACCAUCAAAUUUUAUUACAAAGACUCAAAACAGUUAAUUAACAUUAAUGGAACCGCCCUUAACUGGUUUAAAUCGUAUUUUUCUGAUCGCUCCCAAUUUGUGCAAAUUAAU